UCGUAAUUAUUAAAUUAUUUAAAAAAUGAAAAAGAAAUAAACGGCAGCCACAAAUUCAACUUGGUAAAAUAAAAACAAAGCAGACGACUUAAUCUCAUACCUUCUUCUUCUUUGACAACUUUUUUGAGAUAUCAAAAUGACUAGAAGUUGCAGAUGAGUGCACCGAAAAAGAAAUCUAUGUCAUUUGACUUGGGUGCUCAAAAGAAUCAUUUACUGAGCACUCGGAGGUUGAAAAACUCAUUGACGAACUGAGGACGUCAGCCCAACAUCAGACAAACCAAACGGAUAUUCGUUUAGUGGAGAGAAACUGGCAAAGGUUUUCGUUCAUUCUAGAUCAAUACCAAGAGCAACCACAUUUGAUCGAUUCACACCUCGAUGGACUACUCACUAAAAUCAUCAACAUCAUUCGAGAGGAAGUGCUGGAUUAUGAGGUGAAACAUGUAGCCUUCCGAUGCCUCUACUUUAUAUCGAAAGUCAGGGGCUACAAAGUUGUAGCAAGACAUCUUCCUCAUGAGACUGCCGAUCUGGAGCCUUUGCUACAUUACUUGGAAAACCAAGACCCUGGUGUGCAACUAAAAUGGGAGACUCAUUACGGCUUGCUUCUCUGGCUCAGCAUUGUAGUUAAAAUCCCAUUCCACCUUCAGUGAUUUGACACCAGUACUUCAGAGCCAAUCAUGGAAAGAAUUCAGAAUGUCUGUAAGAAAUACCUGGCUGGGACAACAAAAGCUCAGGACAUGGCCUUUUAUGUAUCGGCAAUCUAUCUUACAAGGCCUGAUGUCAAAGAUUCCUAUCUACCGUGAUUCAUCAAUUGGGCUCAUGAGGCUCUUACCAAAGAUAGUGCUCAGUUCAAAAAAGGAGUUCUUUCAACGUUGGCCGGCGUAUUCAAACAUGGGCAAAGAGAACAAAUGAUGGAGCAUGCACAUGCUGUGCUGCGUACCAUCCUGGCGAUUAAAUUCCAACCGUCAGAAUUGCUUAUACAGUUAAGAAACCGUUGGUGAAGCUGACGCAGCGAUAGGUUUGAUAUUCUUGAAACCUCGAGUUGCGGGAGAGGAACAGACCUGGAGAUACCAGACUUGGAGAUACCAGCGGGGCAGCAGAUCAUUAGCUGCCAAUCUGCAACAGAGCCAACCCGUUGAGACUAAAGCAGCUAUUUCGGUGAAUGAUGAAGAUGACCACGAUUACGACGUGCCGGAAGAAAUCGAAGAAGUACUUAACGAGAUCCUGCAAGCGUGAUGCCGCUUGUUAUCUCUGCUGGGCUCUUGCCCGAUCCUAAGACCCGUCUCUGCUCCAGCCAUUCGUCCAUCAGUUGGCUAAAGCCAUAGUCAUCACCACCGUGUUCGAUCGUGAGGUCAACUGCUGACGGGCUGCCGCUUCUGCCUUCCAGGAACACGUCGGUCGACAGGGCACUUUUCCUCACGGCAUCGACAUUCUGACCACCUGCGAUUAGUUCGCUUACGUAAAAAUGCCUAUCUCCAACUCAAUCUUUUCGUGGCGCAAUACGAAGAGUACCGGCCGCAUCUCAUCCAGCAUUUAGUGGAUCGUAAAGUCAUCCAUUGGGACACGGUUAUUCGACAGCUAACAUCUCAGGCCUUACAUCAAAUGACGUUCCUCGAUCCGGAAAGUAUGAAACUGAUUCUUUCUACUCAGAUCCUUCCUCGCUGCACAAAUCCUGAACUUUAUUUACGGCACGGAAGCAUUUUGGCCAGUGGCAAAGUCAUCAGCGCUCUUUGUCAAGUGGCAAAAGACCAUCAACGUCGUCUGCCAGAUGAACUUGGUGAUGCCGCGAUAGAAUCCAUUACCCAAACUUGUAUCGACAUCCUGGAGGAGCGUAUCUGACGGAGUUUCGGCGGCGAUCCAAUGCGCAUAGCCGUUUGCCAUUUCAUCCAAGAUCUUAGUUCGAGGGGUUUCCUGUUGCUGGACGCUGUAGUCGACCGUUGGUUGAAGGCGUUACGAGAGUGUCUCGCUUCAGCCGAUUCAAAUGUCCAGCAAUCGGCCAUCAGCGCCGUCACCGCUUUCAUUGGCGAAUACUUCCGGCAUCAGCCAGUGGAGAAACUCACUGCCUUGUUGAACCGUUUCCUACCCGAGGUGACGAGCAACAACCAACAGGCGAGAGUAGGAAACGCACUAGCCCUAGGCUCAAUGCCUCGCUUCCUCCUCACCGUUUCCUUGCCGGAAGUCAUCCAACAGUUGUGCACCUGCGCUCUCAUCACCGACAAGACUCUCCAAUGGGCCGAAUCUCGAAAAAAUGCUCUGACAGCUCUUUCUCUCGUCUGCACAACCGUUGGGAUCGCCCCAUCCAGUCCAGGUGGGGUUGAUCAAGUGACACUGGCCGGAAUAUUCCGCACAUUUAUCGACGGCCUUGAAGAUUACACGGUGGAUAGCCGUGGAGAUAUUGGAGCUAUCGUCCGUGAAUCCGCAAUGUAUUCUAUUCAGGUUGAUUAGGUCAACACCUCGCAACCAGACCUACUUGAAGCUGACCUGAUCCGCUCCGUAUUGCAUGCGAUGGCUAAACAAUCGACGGAACAAAUCCGUCGUAACCGGUUGUUGGCCCCCAACUUAUUUUCUUCUCUCGUCUACUGUGAUCCCACCAUUCCUCACAUUGAGCAGUUGGAAGAAUUGCGUUCCAUCAUUCCACCGCCUCCGCUGAACAUUUCGACCGAGAAGGAAUGUUUCGAUUUGUGGAUGAAGGUGAUGCGACUCGACACUUACCGCAAAGCCGUCAUCACCGGACUUGUUUCCAGCAUCGGCAGUCUCACGGAGAGUUUGGUUAAAAGUUCUAGCGCUCCAUUCAUGAGUUACCUCCGCCAGUUGGUGGCCGAGAACAAAUUGGAUGAACUGAAUUUGGUCACCCGGGAUAUUCUAAACGUGUUUCAAGAGAAUUUGAAUAGUGUCCGACUGAUGCCGUACAUUUUCAACUUCCUGGGCCAUCUCUUGUCGUCCGGAUGUUUGGAUUCCGUUUUCAAAUCCAUGUCACUGUCGCUGUUGACCUUGAUCCGCACUGAGAUGACCAACGGCGGUAAACCGUUAAAAUUGUUGAUAUCGUCGGUGGAUUUGUACUGUCACCUACUCAGAGGUGAACAAGUGACGUUCGAUAAAUCAAUCAUUCACCUGUUAAAUCUGCUAGUGAAUCGGUUCGCUCGCGUUCGUAAAAUCACGGCCACCAAGUUGUACGAGACGCUGCUGACUCUGACAGAUAUUAGCCCGUCAUUGGCCAAUCACCAAGACGACAUCUUGGCCAUUCCCAGCGACACUGACUGGGACGAAGACGUCGAAGCUUUGAAGCCCGUCAAGACUCAGCUUCGCUCACUUUUCAUUCCACCGACUUUGAAUCCUUGACAUUCUUAGCCUUUCAUUCAAAUUAUUUGCUUAUUUAAAAUUAAAUAACCACCCGAAAUUGUGUCAUUAGUUUAUGGGAAAUACAAUUUCGAUUGUUUGGCUGCACUAAA